AUGAACACACCGUACUUUGUCUAUCCAACAGUGUGUUUCCAUUCGUUUGUGACUCAUUUAAAAGAAUAUAACGAUUUUGCGAGCUGAGGAGAAAAAGAAAAGAAAACAUAGAAACACUUGGAUCUAAAAGCGUCUGAUCGUAUCUGUUGUCGGCAUCUCUUUUGAUUUUUUUUCCACCUGGGAAAGUAAAUGUUUUGUCGUGCAGGCUUUUAUCCUGAAAGUUUCGAGAAAGGUGUUUUUUGAAAAAAGGAAGAGUGAAAGAAGAGCGCGACUUGGUCCGAAAAAAGCAAUCCCAAAAUGUUCUGCCCGAAUAGGAAAUAUUAGCUUCCAGAUGCCGACAUCGCAGUCUUUACCCCUCAGCUAUCAAGAACAAAGUAUCUCGUACUCCUUGAUGACGAAGCUUUGUGAGCUGACUUCUCCGAAGCUUUAUCCCAGCAUUGAUGGACAUCUGGCGCACACCUCCAGCUCAUGCUCGGAAGGUAGAUCAACCAUCCAACCAAAAACCAAGAAAGUACAGCCAAGUCGAGAAACGGACGCGGUUACAACCCAGGACGGCCUUUGUGUUUGGAGGACCGACAGAAGAUCGUGCAACUCUACAAAGAGGGGAACCGCGUCAGCCACAUCGCACGACUCAUCGGCGUCACUCACAGCUGCGUCAGCAAGAUCAUGACCAGGUGCGUUUCUGACAGCCAUCUGGGAAAGUCAUCUCCGACCUUCUUUUCUACGAGUUUCAGAAAAAGGAAAGGGAAGAGUUGAUAUAUAUUAUAUUCAUUUGUUCCAAUCAAACUUCCUAACAAGACAUCUCACCUCUGGUAGAUGAAAAAUUGCUUAUCAAUGUCUUAAAAAGCUCACGCGUGAUGGGAAACUAAAUUUUGUACCUAUGAAAAAUCAACUGACGUAUGAGCUCUUUUUACCUUGCGGUUGGGAAUUCCUUGAAGAUUGGCCAAAACACUCCUUGUUGUACCAGAUGGGAAUCCUGAAAGUCAACCUGUAGAACUUACUCGUUUUUGAGAAAGGGCACCUCAAAGUCAAAGAAAACCCUAAAAGUCCGUUAGAAUAGUGUAUUUGGGGGUAGUAGGCCUUAUUCCGCAAAAACUAUUAAGUUGUCAGGUUGAGGCUUGCAGGAUUUCCAUAUGGUACAACAAAGAGUGUUUUGGUCAAUUUUCAAGAAAUUACCAACCGCAAAGUAGCAUGAACUCUCCUGUGAGAAUAGGCGGUCUGCCAUUGUGUUUUUUUAAUUUCAUAUUUCUCUCCUUAAAAACCACAAGCUGCAUUUUCGUGAAUUCCGUGUCUGUAUCAUGUCAGAAAAUCCCUAAUACAAGUUUCAUUUUUAAUACAUAUCUUCUCAAAAAAAAAAAGAAAAAAGUUAGAACUAACAUACUUAUUCAAUCUGCAAGGCUCCUUUUUUUUGCUGCUUCUCCAACGACCAGUUAAGAACUGCAGAAGAAAAUCUCUCAGAGCGAAUAUUUGUUUUUGAAGCUUUCUCUGUUAUUUUUCGUGAAAUUUCUCGGUUUACAAUAUUUUGUUUUGAGACACCUAAACCUAAAAACAUUUAUUUUUCUAAAUAAUAAGUUUCGAACUUUAAUUGAUUCAGUUAAUUGAAAACGUUAGAUGUUAUGGUUUUUCUCGAGUUUUCCCUAACUGAUCAGGGCCAUGACUGGAUGGAAACAUAGACGACCUGAAAGAAGAUGUCAAAAAAAAGUUUCACAACUUUUUGCUAUACUAGGUUGGGCUUCAAUAUCCUGAAACUUUGCACGAAAUGGCUUUUAAAAGCUUUUCAUCGCGAGAUUUGCUACGAAACACUUAGGGCAGGAUGGACUUUCAAAAGUGCCAAAAAACCUCCGGCCUCUGAAAGAGACUUUGUUCUGAGCGCUAAAAGUGCACUGUAGAGAGACGUCGUUUCUCAAAAACUUCUGAUGUUUCGAAGUAAGUCUGACCGUCGCUGGCCUCCGCGAACACAUGUUCUCUGAUGGAGGUUAGAACCUCUUUUGUGUUGAAAGGAUCACUAAAAGGCCAACCAGUGAGAUUUCCAAGAAAUGUAGUGACGUGAGAAAGAAACUUUACAAAAAUUUCGAUUAGAAACACUCAGAGAUCAUUUUUUGAAUAAAAAAACAUUUAAUAAACAGACCAGCCUGCAUCAUUAAAGAGUUUCAUAUAUUGCCAAAAUAAGAAUGAAAUCGAAAUUUGUCUCAUUGGAACUGGAAGAAGUUUCAGAUAUCGACGGACAGGAAGCGUCUAUCCUCGCCUAAUCCACCGCAACUUCGUUGGCUACACGCGAAUGAAGAACAAUGCGGAAAAAAAUAACAGGGAAAUUACCUUGGAGCAACCUUUCCUUGCGACUUCAGAAACUUCGUCGUCGGAACUUCUUUUUUCCAUAGAAAAGUGAGUUUUCAGUAUGAAGCCAGAAAAAAGCUUCUUCAAAGAAAAUAUUGCAAGAAAAGACAGAAAAUAAGACUUUCCCGAAUUUCUCAAAGUUUUUGUGGCACACGUUUUGAAAAAAAAAUUACUCCUUUUUUCACUGUGAAAUAAUAGAAACUUCCUAAACACUGUAUCAGUUCUCUUUUUUUCAAGCAUUCAAUGGGUUUUUGACAGAGUUCAGGAGAAUAAGAUUUGAAGAAAUGUCUUUUUAUUUACUGUUCAAAAGAUUCUUGGAUUUUUUUUUUUUUUGAAAAAUUUGAGGCUUCCAACGUUUUGAAUUUUUAGUCUUCCAAAACUAAAGUCUCAAAAACUCCUUCGAAGAAAGUGGUCCAUUCUGUGACUUUGAGCCGUUUUUUUUUUACUAGGAUUUGAUCAGUUUAAGAUUUUUGCUAAAAGUGACUCCCAAAAGGUUUUUAUAUUGAUUCUGAAAAGAGGAUUAACAGACUUCUGACGGCGUCGAGCAAGUGCCGAGAUUCGACACCUGCGGCGUUCCCCCCGCUCGCCCCAUUUCUGGCCAAGAACCUGGUCGCGGCACAGCCACAGGUGCUCGACGUUGCCGCUUCGCGCUGA